CGGACUGCAGCUGACAGGCCGGCACAGUUGUCAGCGAGACAACUCUUCGUAUCAUCGUCUCCACCAGAGAUCUCCCACAUCCAUCCGUAGUGCCUUCCUCAACAUGGGCGACGCCAUGAACGUGGAGGUUAAGGAUAUCAACAAGCUGUUCGAAACUGAUGGCUACCUGAGGCCCUUCGAGCGCGAGAUCCGACGCAGACAUGGAGUCCUCCAAGACUGGCUAAACAGAAUCAAUCAAGGCGAGGGCGGCCUGGAGGAGUUCUCGCAGGGCUACAAGUACUACGGCCUUCACUUCCAGCCGGAUAACACGGUAAUAGCCCGCGAAUGGGCGCCAGGUGCCCGAGAUGUCUACCUCACGGGUGACUUCAACAACUGGCAUUGGGAAUCCCAUCCUUUUAAGAAACUUGAAUACGGAAAAUGGGAACUGGUGCUGCCCCCGAACGCAGACGGUAGUCCGGCCAUCAAGCACCUCAGCGAGAUCAAAGUAAUCAUUCGCAAUCAUUCCGGCCAACUGCUGGAUCGUCUGUCGCCAUGGGCCAAGUACGUGGUCCAGCCGCCAAAGUCCGCCAACCAAGGAGUCAACUACAAGCAGUACGUCUGGGAGCCACCGGCAUCGGAGCGGUAUCAGCGCCAGCACUCUCGCCCGGCCAGGCCCAAGUCGCUGAGGAUCUACGAGUGUCACGUGGGAAUAGCUUCCCAGGAGCCACGGGUUGGCAGCUACGACGAAUUCGCCGACCGCAUUGUGCCAAGAAUCAAACGCCAGGGCUACAAUUGCAUCCAGGUAAUGGCCAUAAUGGAGCAUGCCUACUACGCCAGCUUCGGCUACCAGGUGACCAGCUUCUAUGCUGCUUCCAGUCGCUACGGAAACCCAGAGCAACUAAAACGAAUGAUCGACGUAGCCCACUCUCACGGCCUGUAUGUGCUGCUCGAUGUGGUCCACUCGCACGCCUCCAAGAACGUCCAGGACGGUCUGAACCAGUUCGAUGGCACCAACAGCUGCUUCUUCCAUGAUGGAGCCCGUGGCGAGCACUCUCUUUGGGACAGUCGCUUGUUCAACUAUGUGGAGUACGAGGUGCUGCGAUUCCUGCUGUCCAACCUGCGUUGGUGGCACGACGAGUACAACUUCGAUGGAUACCGAUUCGACGGUGUAACCUCCAUGCUGUACCACUCGCGAGGCAUCGGAGAGGGCUUCAGCGGCGACUACAACGAGUACUUCGGUCUGAAUGUCGACACAGAUGCCCUCAACUAUCUUGGACUGGCCAACCAUCUGUUGCACACCUUGGACCCGGAGACUAUAACUAUUGCAGAGGACGUUUCUGGCAUGCCCACCUUGUGCCGCCCCGUCUCGGAGGGUGGUAUUGGCUUCGACUUCCGCCUGGGCAUGGCCAUCCCGGACAAGUGGAUUGAGCUGCUCAAGGAGCAAAGCGACGACGAGUGGAAUAUGGGCAAUGUCGUGCAUACGCUCACCAAUCGCCGCUGGAUGGAGAACACGGUGGCGUACGCCGAGUCCCACGACCAGGCCCUGGUGGGCGACAAGACGAUCGCCUUCUGGCUGAUGGACAAAGAGAUGUACACGCACAUGUCCACGCUGUCGGACGCCUCCAUGAUCAUUGAUCGAGGCCUGUCACUGCACAAGAUGAUUCGUCUUAUAACCCACUCGUUGGGAGGUGAGGCGUACCUUAACUUUAUGGGCAACGAGUUUGGACAUCCCGAGUGGCUGGACUUCCCCCGAGUGGGUAACAACGACUCGUACCACUAUGCACGCCGGCAGUGGAACCUGGUGGACGAUGAGCUGCUGAAGUACAAGUACCUCAAUGAGUUCGAUCGCGCCAUGAACGAGCUGGAGGAGCGCUACGGAUGGCUGCAUUCCGGACCGGCCUACGUCAGCUGGAAGCACGAGGGCGACAAGAUCAUCGCCUUUGAGCGUGCCGGCCUGGUCUUUGUUUUCAAUUUCCAUCCCAACCGCAGCUUUACCGGCUACCGUGUCGGUACCAACUGGGCUGGCAGCUACCAGGCGGUGCUCUCCUCGGACGAUCCGCUCUUCGGUGGCCACAACCGCAUCGAUGCCAACUGCAAGCAUCCCUCCAAUCCGGAGGGCUAUGCCGGCAGGAGCAACUUCAUUGAAGUUUACACGCCAUCUCGCACAGCCGUGGUUUAUGCCCGCGUUAGCGACUAGAUCCCCGGAUUUGUUGAUUUUACGGAUUUGAUCUUAGUAAUAGUCUUUGUUAAUGUUACGAAUUGGGAAAACCAAUAUUGAAAUAUACGCUGAGGUAUAGUUUUCUAAAAUCCUA